AGUCCGUCGGUCUACCAGGAUUUGUUUCGUUUUGUCUCUUUUGAAUGAGGGUGUGCCCUAUUUUUGUUAUAUGUAAAAGCAUGCGCCGUGAAUGAAUCCAAGCGUGGAGUAUGUCGUUGACCUGAAGCCUUGUGCUCCGUGUUGUAUUUGCUUCAGCCCUCGUCAUCUUCAUUAUUAUUAACUCAAAUCGACCUUGGUCGAGCAGAUAUAUAAUCAACGACAUUCAAACCAUGGCCAUCCCGUCUUUUUAGGGACAUCAUCUCAUGUGUCCGUUGCUCUUUGAUUUCCCAACACGUUAGGGUAUGGUUUAAGAGAUAUUUAACUGCUAUUUCUAGCAGGUAGAACGAUCCCUUUGACUCUUUCAAGGCCUAUACUGUCAUUUUUGUAAUAUCUAUCUUUGUAGCUCAUCCUUCAGUUCCUAUAUUUAUCUCUCUUUCUCCUUGUCUCUCUCAUUAUUUCUUUCUUACUCCUAAUCUCUCUCGCUCUUUCCCACUUUCUCACCUUCUUGUGUCCAUCGACGUCUCCGUCUCCUAUUGUUUAUAUGUCUAUUCAUUUCUCUCCUUUCUGUUUCCUGUAUGUAAUUAAUAACCGUGACACUCCGGACCGGCAUGUACAUUAACUCGGAGAAAUUACCGCAUGAAAUAACAAAAAUAACAAACCCGAACUCGACAUAAAACAGCCAAGGACGAAAAUCUCGACUAAUACAAAGAAAAUGUGAAUGAAAAGAAAAGAGAUUGUUAGUAAACUAAACCUCCCAUCGGUCUCGAAAUACACAAAACAGCUCCCACUAUUCAUAUUUUACACAAAGAAGUUACAUAAAAAAGAUUUAAAGAUCGUAUAUAAGGUGAUCAGUCUAGAAUGUUAGUACAAUUGCGGAGAUUUCGUUCAUUGAGAAUGUUGAAGUCUUUUUUACUUCAGUCGCGUGUCGGCCAAUGUCUUGUAAUUUUUGGAUUUGCAUUUUUGUUGUACCUGUACUGGGCCUCUAAGUUCAAGUCACUUGAUAACAGAAAAAUCCAAGGAGAAGCAUUAUCUGCUCCACCGGCUCAAUCUUUGACUUUUGAAAAGCAGCAGUUCUAUUUGAAAGGAAAGAAGAUCCGCAUUUUAGCUGGAUCAGUCCAUUACUUCAGGAUUGUUCCACAAUAUUGGAUGCCUGUUUUGAAGAAACUAAAAGCAUGUGGCCUGAAUACAGUAGUUACCUAUGUCCCUUGGAAUCUGCACGAACCUUCUCCAAACCACUAUGUGUUUUACGGAAUGUUAGACUUAAUGAAAUUCCUUAUAUUUGCUCACAGUUUAGAUUUGUAUGUCAUUCUGAGACCAGGACCCUAUAUCUGCUCUGAAUGGGAUUUUGGAGGACUCCCCAGCUGGCUCCUACGUACCCAUGCAUCUCUCCGUUCUAAUUCAGCACCUUACAUGUUUGCAGUUGAGAGAUAUUUUGCUAAUCUGCUGCCACAAGUUGUUGAUUUUCAGUAUUUCUAUGGCGGACCCAUCAUAGCUUUCCAACUAGAGAAUGAAUUUGGUUCCUUCAGUAAUGAGGUGCAACACCUGGAAAACCUACGAGAGCUUUUUAUCAAGAAUGGUGUCCAUGAAUUAUUGCUAAUCUCAGAUGGAUUGUCAGGAAUCAUAAGAGCUACCAUUCCUGGCGUUCUAUUGACUGCAAACUUUGGUGGCCACCAGAGAGGCAAAGAUAUAUUCAAAGUCAUUACAGACAUAAACCCGGAAAACCCGUUAAUGGUCAUGGAAUUUUGGUCUGGUUGGUUUGACCACUGGGGCAACAAGUAUCGAGAAUCAAAACCUUUGGAAACAUUCAAGAAGACCUUCCAGUUUAUUCUAAAUCAGAAUGCAUCAUUCAACUUCUAUAUGUUUAUGGGUGGAACAAAUUUUGGAUUCAUGGCUGGAGCGAACGGUCAGAAAGAGAAAUAUGCACCAGAUGUCACUAGUUAUGAUUAUGAUGCGUUGCUGUCUGAAUCCGGGGACAUUACAGAGAAAUACCUGACUGCACAGAGAAUGAUAUACGAGCAGGUACUUAAACCUGAAGGAAUUAGCCAUCCUCCUCAAAUAUUAAGCGACAAUCCAAAGGCAAAAUAUGGUGCGUUGACUGUUUCAAGCUACCUGUCUUUCAAAGAUAUGCUAGAUAUUGUCUCUGAACUACAACUGUCUUCAUUCGAAACCAAGAUGGAAUUCAUGGAAUUGUUGAACAUGAACUUCAAUGCAGGACAGAGUUAUGGCUACAUUCUGUAUGAAAAAUCAUUGCCGAAAGUGAAGACCUUAAAGAUUGGUGGAUCAGUUGCUGAUCGAGCACAUAUCUUACUGAACCAUCAAGUGAUGUUUACAGUCAACUGGACUGUAUCCAACCCUCAGUUUUCCCUCCCUGAUAAUGAUGGAAUCAAACUGGGUAUAUUGGUGGAAAACCUAGGUCGAGUCAACUAUUUGAUGUUUGAUGAUAAACAUUCUUUCUCAAAUCAGUUUAAAGGUUUAGAUGGUGAAGUGUAUUUAGAUGGAAAACUUGAAGAAUAUUGGAAUAUCUACCCAUUGGACUUUUCCAGCGAAUUUCUUGACAAAGUGGCAGAAUCGGACAACUGGAAGGAUGUAAUUCCUGAGGUACACUCACCAGCGAUGUACAAAAUCACUUUCACCCUAUCUUCUCAUCCUGCAGAUACAUUCCUCAACCUUGAUGGUUGGGUGAAAGGAAUUGUUAUAGUGAAUGGCUUUAAUCUUGGCCGCUACUGGAACAUUGGACCACAGAAGACUUUGUAUCUACCAGCACCACUUUUAGAGAUUGGCCUCAAUGUUAUUUAUAUAUUUGAAGAAGAACAAGGAGAGAAAUAUAUAAUGUCAGUCGAUCAACCAGAUUUGGGAAAAAUUUCAUCUGGAGACAAGAAUUAAAUUAAUUUGUUUGGCGAACAAUGUUUCCAGAGUGACAAUGAUUUCCGUAUAUUUUUAUCUUCCUUAUGCUUUUAUGCAGAGAGAGAGAAAGAGAGAGAGAGAGAAAGAGGGAGAGAGAGAAAGAGUGAGAGAGAGAGAGAAGAGAGAGA